UGUUCCCCAGACCAAGCUAUGAUGACGGGGAAGAUUCCCUUGUUCUCCCCCGGCUCCUCUGUGAGCUCUGCUCUGCCUGGCUACGUCACUCUCUGCCUCAUUCUACAGGUUCACAGGCUGGUGUCAGCACAAUUCACAGUAACUGGACUUAACCAUCCAGUCAUUGCCGCCUUAGGUGGGGAGGCCGUUCUGUCCUGCCACCUCUCCCCCAGGAUGAGCGCUGAGAACAUGGAGGUGAGAUGGUUCCGAUCCAAGUACUCUGAAGUCGUGCACCUGUACCAUGAUGGGCGGGAUCAGUAUGGAGAGCAGAUGCCGGAAUAUGGAGGGAGAACUGAGCUCUUGAAAGAUGACAUCACCAAUGGGAGAGUUUCCCUGAGAAUACGCAAUAUCCGACCCUCCGAUGAUGGGCAGUACAAGUGUUAUUUUGAGUCCAGUGUCUUUUACGAAGAAGCUUUAUUGGAACUGCAGGUGGCAGGUUUGGGCUCUGAUCCUGACAUCUCUGUGGAGGGACAUCAGGAUGGAGGGAUCCGGGUGGUAUGUCGAUCAUCCAGAUGGUAUCCAGAGCCCGAGGCUCAGUGGAGAGAUAUCCAGAGGCAGCUCUUACCAUCAGCCUCUGAAAAAAUAUCACCAGAGGCCAAUGGCCUGUUUCAAACAGAGAUUGCCAUUGUUAUAACAGAAGAGUCCAACCAGAAAGUGUCCUGCUGUGUCAGGAAUCUCCGACUCAACCAGAAGAGAGAGUCAGUAAUUUCAGUAGCAGGUCAGUGCUCGUCCAUGCUGCACCUGUAUAGAUUGAGAUACUGCAGACAUUAG